AUGAUGGAUUUGAAUGCAUCCAACUGCCGGAAAAUUGUAGAGGAUUUAAAGUUUAUGUGGAUAGAACAUGAAUUGGGGCCACAGCGGAUGUCAGUAAUAAGACAAAUUUUAAUUGGAAUUGUCUAUACAGCAAUCUUUUGUACUGGUUUACUUGGAAAUCUAGCCACAUGUAUUGUAAUCGUGCGCACUUCUUUCAUGCAUACAAGAACAAAUUGUUAUUUGUUCACUUUAGCAGUUAGUGACCUAUUAUUGUUGGUCUUCGUAGUGAAUGAAGCUUAUAGUAUAUGGAAAUCAUGGCUUGAUGGUUUUCAUUUACGUAACCAAUUAUUAUUUAUAAAAACCAUAAGGACUUGGAGACAAACUUUGAAGUGGUUGGCCAAUAAAGUCGCUCCACGCUCGUGUGAAACUAUAAGCACUUGUCUACAAUCUGAUCUAAUUCUCAGUCGUAUCUGA